AUGGCGCUGGGGGAUGAGAUGGAAUGCCGCUGGCCUAUGGCGCCGGAGAAUCGCAACAGGACCCUGGCAAAGCUCUUUGACGCGGCCAACGACACGCCGCAAGCACAGGUGUCCUCACGGGCGACGCCGGUGACCUUCGAAGAAGCACGGGCAGCGCGGCGCAGGGGCGAGCAGGUCAUCUCCCUGUCGCACUUCCUGCCGCGCCCGGAACUACUGCCGGAGAAGCGCUUCCUCUUCUUCCCUCAGCUGGCCGCCUUCGCGGGGUCUCAGUUCCUACAGCGCCGGGUGCAACGCCUCAACCCCCAGCUGCACCUCUUUGGGCACACCCACUUCGCCUGGGACCAAGCCCUGGAGGGGGUGCGCUACGUCCAGGCACCUCUGGGCUCCCCCCGGGAGCGCCUGGCGCGGCCGCGGUCCAUGCGCCUCUCCGGCGGGGCGGGGACCUCCAGCGAGAGAGCCGUAACCGGUUACGGCCUUGAAGAAUAG